GUCACGUGCAGCUCUUUCGACAGCUGCAGUCCAAGUGGCAGUGUUAUGAUGCGUACUGCAGGGUCUGCAUGGGUUUGGGUGUGAACCAAAUUCUGCAAGGCUUGAGCUAUUACUGCAUCUGUCACACCUUGGUGGAGAACCAUUCUCCCACGACGGGCUAUGCCCUCGUGACCCUUUUCCAGAGCACGACCAUCGCUUUGGCCGUCCUCGAUCUGGCCGGGCUGAGGAGGCGCGAGAUCUUGGCAGUCCAGGUGGUGGGCAUCAUGCCCUGCCUUCUGACAGCCUGGGGCGUUGCGCACGGCCACCGUAUCGAGGGAGGUGUGCUGGAUCCUGCGCAGACGUACAUGCUUUCGCCACUAAGCUUCCUUUGCCAGGUGCUUUGGCUGGAGCUGUGGUUGCGUGUUGCAGCUCCUCAUGGCGAUGAUCAAGCAAAGUUGCCACGGCGAUUUCGGCAGGUGCUCUUCCUGGACGUCUUUGGCGACUCCUCCGGCUGGGACCCGCACGAUCGCGACAACAACUGCGAAGACGAUAUGAUCGAGGGUGAGAUGUUCAAGCAAUUGGGCGUCAAGGAAGAGAAGGAUGCAGACGAAGAGGCCGAAGAGGCCUUGCUCGCGGCAGCCCAAAGGGCUGCUUCACAGCUGACCAUGGCCCAGUGCGCGGGCAGACGGUGGAAUGCAGCGCCUUCCUGGGCAUUGUCGAAGCAGCAGUCGAAGGAGCUGGAAGAUGUGCGGGACCAGCUCAAGAACUGGGGCAGCACCAUCUAUACAGAGCUAGAGCGAUGCUGUCGCUUGAGAGGGAUUCCUGAGGCACUCCGGAACCUUGAACGGGAUCUUCGCCCUUG